AUGGACGCCUUCGAGCACUACUUCCAAGCGGCAGACGCGGACAGGGACGGCCGGAUCAGUGGCGCUGAAGCCGUCGCCUUCUUUCAGGGAUGCGGCCUCCCCCAGAUGACCCUCGCCAAGGUCUGGCAGUAUGCGGACUCGCGCCAAGCGGGGUUCCUCCACCGCCCAGAGUUCUUCCACGCCCUUCGCCUCAUCACCGUUGCCCAAUCCGGUCGCGACAUCAACCCAGACGUCGCCCGAGCCACCUUCUCAGGCCCGGCAGUGGCCCAGAUCCCCGCACCUAGGAUUACCGUGCCUCCGAGGCCCGGAGCUGCUGCCAGACCAGGCGGGCCGCCAGGCACCAUGCAGCAAUCUGGUGCGUCUGGUGCGCCGGGGACCAUGCAGAGUGGCACACCCGGGGGCUUGCAACCAGGGCCUCUUGGACCCGCAUACGGCCGUGGUCAGCCAGCAGGUGCUCCUAUGCCAGGUCAGCCUGCAUCCGGGCCUUCCUGGCAGCCUGCUACUGCGAAGCCUGCAGCAGAGAAGGAUCCGUUUGCGGAUUUUGGAGUGCUUGGAGGCAAGAAGAGUGCCGCCCAGACCCAGAGUGGCGCCAAGGGUGCUGCUGCCGCCCAAAGUGUUGCCACAGACGCAGCAGCAGCAGCAGCACUGGAUGCUUUUGUGAUGAAAGACGUGGCUGUAGUGCCUCCAGCUGCUGUGUCUUCCGCUGUGGUAACAGCAGGUGGGGGGCAAGCAGCAGAAGGAACAGCAGGCGCGGGAGCAGGGGCAGCAGCAGGGGCAGCAGGGCAAGGGGCGGGCGCAGCAGCAGGGGGCGCGCAGGGGCAGGAAGGAGAGGGGUUUCUGAUGGUCCCGGGGGAUCCCCAGCCAUGGCCGAGAAUGGGGGUGGCGGAGGCACAGCGGUAUGCGCAGGUGUUUGUGGGCGUGGAUGGGGACAGGGAUGGGAAGAUCACGGGCAAGGAGGCGAGGAAAGUGCUCAUGGCUUCACAAGUUCCCAUUGACGUGCUGAAGCAGGUGUGGGACCUCUCAGAUGAGGACAAGGACGGCAACUUGACUCUCCGCGAGUUCUGCACCGCCUCCUACCUCAUCGAGCGCUACAAGUCGGGACGAAAGCUGCCGCCCACGCUGCCACGUGGCUUCCACGUGGACGAACCGGUGCAGGACCAGCGCACGGCCAUUGCUGCGAAACGAUUGGCCGAGGCGCAGGCGGCGCUGACUCAGCACUCGCAGGGGGUGAACGUGCCCACGUGGCAGCGCGAUCCAGGUGUUCUGGUUUCGCCAACGAAAGGUGCACCCAGAAAGGACGCUGCGAUGGAUCAGAAGAAAAAGGCAGUGUUUUUCCGUGACAAAAUGCAGGAGAUUGUCAUGUUUAAGAGUCGCUGUGACCUCCGCCUUGCUGACGUCUCUGAACAGGCUGACGUGGAGAAAAAGGAGAUGGAGGAACUGGCCCGGAAGUAUGACGACAAGUACAAGGCGGCUCAGCUGUCGGCUGGGAAGCUUGCAGCAGAGGAGCGAGCACUGCAGCAGAUGCAGGAGAAGGCUCACAUCAUCAUGAACGCAACGUCAAGGCUGGACCGAGGAGGCGACCCCAACCAGCUGCUGCAGGACAAGGCGGACCGCUUGGCUCUGGAGGUGGAGGAGAUGCGCAAGGCGGUGUUCGCGCAUGCCACUGCCAUCGGGCUCAAAGUGCGGCCCCUUGUGGGAUCCGAAACUCCCUUUGGCUGGCAGGCGAAUCUUCAGGAGAAAGCAACAGACUGGGACGACGAGUGGGACGACGUGCAGUUUGAAGGGCUGGUGGUGGUGCGGGAUAUUGGAGACACCCCAUUAGCUGAGAACGAAGACCCGUUCCCGAGGCCGAAAUCCAAGAAGCAGGAGGAGAAGGGUGGGGCGUCAGCAGCAACUGAAACUGGCAAGGGAGAAGGGGAGGAGGGUGCGGGAGAGGGAGAGGUGGAGGAUGGGAAGCGGGGAGAGGGGAUGGCCGGGGUUGAUGGUGCUGCGAAUACAGGAGGGGAAGGCCUAGGAGGUGCCAAGGAGAACGAGGAGAAGGAGAAGCAGGAGAAGGAGAAGGAGGAGGAGAAGAAGAGGAAGAAGAAGGAGAAGAGCAUGGGCUCGGCUCCGUCCGGUCCAGCUGACUUCUUCUCUCCAGAGGAGGAUGAGGAUGCGGAUUCAAACGAGGCUAUGAUUGGUGUGCAGAGGCAUGGGGAGGAGGACGAGGAGGAGGAAGAGGAGGAGGUGGAGGAGAUUGUGAUGGAUUCGACGCCUGUGCUGCAGAUUACAGCAGGAGGAGAGGGAGAGGGAGGGGGAAGGGGGAGCAAGGACGGGAUGAUGGAAGGGGUGGUUGCAGGAGGGGCAGGAUCAGGAGCGGAGGAAAAGCAGACCAAGGAAGCAGAAGCAGGAGCUGGAGGAAAGGAAGCCGAGAGAGAAGGGCAGGAGAUCGAUGGGGAGACUUCGACGUCAGCAGUGCAAGAGGAGAGUGCAGCAUCGGCCUCACCUGGUGCUUCCAAGGAGAUUCUUGGAUUCCCCUUCCAAGGCUGUGCCGACAGUGAAGGUGGCGCUGCAGUAACAGAGACCAAAUCCGGGUCCUUCGCAUUUGAUUUCUCAGCAGAACCAGAGGAGGACCCGUUCGGCGCAGGUGGAGGAGCAGCUGCAGACCCUUCAGAAUCCGCGUCUCCCUUCCCCACCUCGUUUAGCACUGAGGGGCGGCGGAGGAGUGGAAACGAUGAGGCUCAGUCGCCUCUUACGCACGCUGCUGUGGGUCAGGAAGAUAGCCCUAUCCACUCCCAGCAGCAGCAGCAGCUGGGUGGUGCUGCCGAUACGUUUGAGUCCUCGCCGUUUCACGCCAAUCCGGUUGACGCCGCGCCGUUUGAUGCCUCUCAGUUUGACCAGGGUUUCGGCCGCGAUUCCAGCUUUGGCCGGGACCCGAGCUUCUCCAGGGAUUCAAGCUUCAAGGGGUAUGGGGGGAGCAUAUUUGAUUCUGCCACUGGCGCAGCGAGUUUCAAGGGUGGAUUUGACGCGAGCGCGUUCGACUCGGCCACGGGUGCAGCAAGCUUCAAGGGGGGUUUUGAUGCGAGUACGUUCGACCAGCAUUACGGUGGAGUGGGGGCGUUUGAUCAGCAUUACGGUGCGGGCGGUGCUGCUCUCGACACCUCCUCCUCCUUCCGUUCCUCUCAUUACGGUGCUGGUGGUGCUGCUCUCGACACCUCCUCCUCCUUCCGUUCCUCUAUGGACUCCCCAUCCGGCCCUCAUGCCCGGCAUUACGGUGCUGGUGGUGCUGCUCUCGACACCUCCUCCUCCUUCCGUUCCUCUGUGGACUCCCCAUCCGGCCCGCACGCUCGGUCUGGCGAGUACCAUCACGGCCAUUUCCAACUCGACCACUCCCUCUCCAACGAUCGUCUCGACUCAAACUUUGAGUCAACUCGGAAACUUCCUCACUUUCCCACCCACCCACUCCCUCCCCUUCCCAGUCUGGCGAGUUCCAUCCGGGCCAGUUCCAAUCCUUUGCCAGUGGCUUCGACGACCAUGCUAUCUCACUCGCCCACCUUUGUACUCCUCCCAUCUUCCCCCAUCUCCCCCCAUCUCUCCCCAUCUCCCCCCAUCUCCCCCCCAUCUCCCUCCAAUCCCUCAUUCCAGUCUGGCGAGUUCCAUCCCGGCCAGUUCCAAUCCUUCGCCAGUGGCUUCGACGACCAUUUCGACUCCAACCCCUACGGAGCAAGUGCGGGGACUAUGGCAGGAGGAAGAGGAGGCGGAGGAGGAAGGGGAGAGGAAGAGGAGGAGGUGCAUAGCAGUGAGGAGGAGGACAGUGGAGGGGACCCCUUUGCCAAUCUCCGAAGCAGUGGGGGCGGUGCGGGCGGUAACCAGCAUGUUACCGCGUCGCACUUCGACGCGUACAACUAUGACAAGGCGGCGGAAGAGGCGGAAACACCCGGGGCUGCGAGGCAGGGGGGGGUGCAGCCGGCGACACCUGGACUCCCUCCUCCCCGUUCAUUGUCGCAUCAGGCUGGGAAUGCAGCAGCCGAGCGCAUUCACCACGGCGAUGCCCUUUCUCGAGCCAUCAUUGAUGGGUUUCUUGAUGACCCCACACUCAUCGAUUUCAGUUUUCCUGACCAGAUAUGUGGCACAUGGCACCACAACUACACUCGCAUGCACCAGCAAAUCCGGGCAGCCAGCAAAAAUCCCUCUGGCGACCCCCCGGCCGACACGCCGCCCGUGAAAUUUCUCACCUUUGACGGCCUCAGCCACUGCGACAGCCUCGGGGAGACCCUCAUGGGGCUGACGUCAGCGUUCACUGUAGCUAUCCUCACUAACAGGGCCUUCGUUAUAAAGCACCCGUGCAUCCCCAUGGCGUUUGAACCGGCGUUGAUCGACUGGCAGCCGACAGAAGACGUGGGAUUCGAGCCCGUCAGAAACGAAACUUUUCCGCUCGAGCAUCCUGACCGGGCGGUCACGCCGCCAAUUGGAGCGAGCGAUAUUGUGGAGAUCAAUCUAGAAUUACAUCCCGAGGCGCACCCGGAAAAGGUGUUUCCGCAGGUGGAAGCUGCGCGGAACUUGCGUGUGGUGUGGAAUAAGGACCUUCUGGUGCAUAUGCUGAAGGGGGCGAAUGAGUCGGUGUGGGGAGGGAGACUCAAAGACAUGGGUGUCAGUAUCCCGUACGCUUUCGGCUGCUUUGUGCGAUACCUGCUGAGGCCCAAGCCAGAGGUGUGGCACAGGAUGCAGCCGUUUGAGAAGCAGCUCAGGGGAAGCAGGUGGGGAGCACAGGCCCAAGCCGGAGGUGUGGCACAGGAUGCAGCCGUUUGA